AUGAUGCAAAUAUCUCAGGGUAUGCUUGGCACCCCUUGGCAUCAGCCCUACCACUCCAGCUCCUCAACCAGCGAUCUCUCUGGCUAUGAGCAUGGCUAUCUGAGGAGAAGUCCUGACCAGUACAGUUCCCGGGGCAGCAUGGAGAGCUUGGACCACUCCUCCCCUGGCUACCACCCUUGUCACCUGUCCCCGGCCAAAUCCACCAACAGCAUCGACCAGCUCUCCCACCUCCACAGCAAGAGAGACUCUGCCUACAGCUCCUUCUCCACCAACUCUAGCAUCCCCGAGUAUCCCGCUCCUCCAUUCAGCAAGGAGCACUCCUGCUCCAUGGACAGCAUGCAGUCCCGAGGCGGCCUGCAGGAGGGGAUGAGGCAAGCUGACAUCAGGUACGUCAAGACAGUCUACGACGCCCAGCGAGGGAUCUCCAAGGAGUAUGAGGUGAAGUCCUCCACCUUGCUUCCGAGCUGCGAGGCCCGGGCCUCGCUGGACGCUCGCAGCCACGGCAGGCUCCACGGCUUUGGCCGGCACAACGCAGCUCCCUCCAGGGCGCAGCCAGGCCAGGGCUCCUCGGACAGCAAGAGCCAGCCCCCCAAGGGACCUCCCUUGCCUCCCACUCGCAGCGACAGCUACGCAGCCAUCAGGCAUCACGAGAGGCCCAGCUCAUGCGCCGGCCUUGAUCUGAACAAGCCUGGUCGAACGCAGCCGAAAGCGUCCUGGCCUCCGCUUGUCAGCACCCUAUCCCAGGGACCGGUGCUGAAAGCCCCCUUUGGAGAAGGGCAUCUGCACACCGUGGUGGAGAAGAGCCCAGAGAGCAGCCCCACCACGAAGCCCAAGCAGAGCUAUUCCCAGCCAGCCCAGCCGGGGCAGCCCCUGCUGCCUACUGGUGUCUACCCGGUACCUUCCCCAGAGCCGCACUACGCCCAGGUGCCCCAGCCUUCUGCAAGCAGUAAUGGGACGCUUUAUCCAGCCCUGGCCAAAGAAAGCGGGUACUCUCCACCUCUUCCAGUCUCUUACGACAAGGCCGUAGCCAGCAGCACCCUGGGCUUUGAUGAGAAUGGAAACCAAAGCACUACAAGCAGGGCAACCAUCUUCUACCAGCCCCCAGCAGCUGAGAGAAAGCACGAUGCUGCAGCAAAACUUCUCCAGCAAAAACCUCCUAGCACGGCAGGCCCAGAAACCUGCCUGACCACGUCGAGAAAGGAGGAGUUGUUAUCCCCUUACAAGGUAACACACAGCAACCGAGAGACCUCAAGUACUGCAGAGGCCUCCAAACACAGUUUUCAAGCCCCGCAGCCCCAGCUGAGGGAUGCUAGUGAGAGAAAAACCCAUUACCAGCCCAAAGAGGACUGGACGGCUGAAUCCCAGGAGGACAAAAACGGCAACGCACAGAUAAACGAGAGACAUGCUGCUGCUCACCACCAGUGGGGUCACAGCAAGGCCAAGCAGUAUGGCUUCUCCUCCUUGCAGAACAUCCCAGACAGCUCCAGGAGGCAAAGCAGCUCGGAGCUAAAAGAGAUGCAGCCAGGCGAGGGCUAUCCCAACACCAAACUGUCCUUCUUGAACAGCAGCAGUAAAGAGGAGAAGGAUCACAGGGGACAGGGGCACAAACAGCGGAGUGAUGUGGACCCACAGGCCUUUGCGAGGCAGGCGGAGGAGGGCACGAGUGUGACUCCCUUCCAUGCUGCUGAGCCGAAGUGCGAAGACAAGCCCCGCUGCUCGGUGCUGGAGAAGGUCAGCAAGUUUGAGCAGCGAGAGCAAAGCACUCACCAGCCCCAGAGUGCCGGCGUUCCCAGCUUCGGCCAGCACUACGGGCCGAGCAGGACGAGCCAGCCCUCCAGCGCGAGGUGCUCUCUGCACAGCCCGGAGGACAUACGGAGCAGGCUCCACGAGCCCGGCCAGCUGCCCAGUGAGCCGGGCAGGGUCUCCAGCCCCUCCGUCAGGAACGGGAAGCUAGAAGAGGCUGACUGGCGCCCCGUAGAGCUGCAGAUGGCAGCUUCGGUGAAGCAGGCAAGACCCAGCGAAUACUACAGCCUGUGUCCUGAAAAUGAGGCACACGUAAGGGCGGCUCAGCUACCAAGGAGUAAAAGCACAUUCCAGCUGGGAGGUGAGCCUGAGAAGGAGAUCCUCUGGAAGGAUAACGUCCAGGAUGCCCACGGGUCGCAGCUGGACACACCAUUUAACAGGGCCUACAGGAACAGCAUUAAAGAUGCUCAGUCCAGGGUGCUGAGGGCCACUUCCUUCCGUCGCAUCAGCCCCCCGUUCGGGAGCGCACCCAAGAGGACGACCCAGAGGCCUGCCUCGGCCCACGUGGGCGUGAGGAGCAUGGCGCCGUCUCCCCACACCCCGAAGGAGAGGCACAGUGUCACGCCAACAGAAGGCAGCCUCUCCGCCCUGGACUACUCCAAGACACAGCACGUCUUGCGCAUCGGGGGCCGAAAGCGGCUGACGGCAGAGCAGAAGAAGCGGUCUUACUCGGAGCCGGAGAAGAUGAACGAGGUGGGCAUCUCUGAUGGGGAGCCAUCGCCUCUCUCCUUCCAGAAGAAAGGUAUCCAUUUUGUCUUUCCAGAGAAUACGGUGGCUGACCGGCGUAAGAUCUUCGAAAGGGACAGCAAAGCUUCUUCCACAGCUAGCCUCUCCAAGCCAGAGCUCAAGCAACUCCAGCAGAACGCGCUCGCCGACUACAUCGAGCGCAAAACAGGGAGACGGCCAUCCUCGCAAGAUGUCGGACUGCUGAGGGAGCGCUCCCACAACUCCUACCUACAGGCAGGUGGCCCAGACAGCCAGAGCCUUUCCUCCGCCUCCAGCAUGAAUUCCCUCCAGGACCAGAACCUUUACUGCCGGAGAGAGUCCAUAGAGCGGAUAUCCAGGACGGGGCGGAUAUCUUCUACCCUUCCUCCUGGGCUGAUGAGCUGCUUUGACACCAGUGGAGAUGAGAAGAAAGGGCACCAGGACAGCUCGGUCACGAGCCGACCGAAAACAGAGAGGUGCCGGGAUUACAGAGCCAAAACGGAACUCACGAAAGGCACGCAGACGGACCCUCUGGGCAUGCAGGGCCAGCCUCGCUACGGGAAGCAGGAGCAGGUCUUUGAAACACCCUCUACUGCCAGGAAAUCUGGGAAAUCGGUGUCUGUGGAAGACUUGCUCGAUAGGUACGACAAUCAGACAGUCCCUGUGCAUGUACGUUCCAGAUCGUCUCCCACGGCGGAUAAGAAACACCAGGACCUGCUGAGAAGAGAAAGCAGCGAAUUUGGCCCCACGGUGAGAGAUCCUUUCGAUGUGGUCAGCGCAAGAGCCAGGUCUUUCAGCAAGAAAGAAAGAAGCCACUCGGAAAAAAUGGCAUUCACGAGUUACUAUCCCCAUCCUCACCCCAGCAGUGAGGUUGUCACCGGGUCCACCACACUAACCGAGAACCACAAGCUCUCAGAACUUUCCAGGCCAGAUAGCAGGACUUCUGCAUUUGUGCCAUCCCCAACAGAAGCAAGGAGUCAGUAUCCUGAGCAAAAGCAAGGCUUUAAACCCUUGUUCCUUAACCUUACUCCUUCUGGAUCUGGCCAGUCCUCCUCUAAUACACCCACCCAGACUCCCUCAGACUUCCAGAGUGCAGGUGAUGGCCAGACUCUGAGACAGCAGCAUGCCAAACGAGAUGCUGUUCCCCCUGAGGGCAGUGGUGAUAUUCAGGCACAGUCUUUGGAUGCUGUCCAGGAUAGAUCCCCCGAGACUCCCACGGAAGAAAUGAUGUGGAGAAGGAAAGCUGGGCUGCUUCACAGAUCCCUCCUACCCAAAGUGGUGUGGGCUCAUUCAGUCAAAGACAACAGCUACCCAAGGGCUAUGGUGUUUUCUCCAGCAGCUGGGCCAAAGUUCUUCCAGAGGUGGCAGUCCCUGCCAACACAGAGCAGCACUUCUUCUGACCCAGAGAGUCCUUCUGCCCAGGGGACAACCCAUCUCCGGAUCUCCGAGUCGGGCCCACAGCUCACACCCCCACCACUGCUGCAGGACGAUGAAGACGACGAGGUGUUUGUCAUGCCUUCCCAGCCCGGUGUCGUUGCUCCAUCCUUCUCACCCCCACUGCCAUCCCAUCCUCUUCCUGAGCUGAGCUCUUGCACUUCUGCAAACAGCACGGAGGAAUUCCCACCUCCUCCCCCACCGGCGGUGCUUGAGGGGAAUGGGGCAGCUGGAGACAAAUCCACCAGGCUCACAGAGGAGGCCAAAGUGAGCAGCUUCAAAAGCUUUCCCAAAGACCUGGCCGAGAGGGAGAUAACAGGAUUGGGCACCAGUAGCAGUGAAAAUAAUUGGCCCCUCUCGCCACCUGCGUCAAAGAGGACUAGCUCUCCAUCUGCUGUGGAUAAGCAGCACCAGGUACCUGCUGCUUCUGAAGGGCCUCAAAGCGCUGAUAGACAGCCCCUAACUCAACCUGAGGGCAACCACAGAGAGCCAGCAGUCAUCACCGGAGAGUCAGAAAAUGGCAACCUGGACUCCAGGACACUCAGCGCAGCACCUCCAGUAAAGACAAAGACCCCAGAGGAUAUUAAGUCAGAGGCUCUAGCAAAAGAAAUUGUCCAUAAAGACAAGUCUCUGGCCGACAUCCUGGAUCCAGAUUCCAAAAUGAAGACAACCAUGGACUUAAUGGAAGGGCUUUUCCCCAGCGGAACCAGCUUGCUGAAGGAGAACAACAUGAAAAGGAAGAUGACGCAGAAGACAGCUAGCAGGACAGUAGUCGAAGAUGACACGAGAGAAGAAAAGGAAGCUCCUGUAAUCCUGGUCACCUGUCCUGCUUAUUACAGUGUUUCAGCACCCAAAGCAGAACUGCUGAAUAAAAUCAAGGACUUGCCAGAAGAAGCAGGUGAGGAAGAGGAGCUGCUGGACAUCAAUGAGAAGAAGGCUGAGCUCAUCGGGAGCUUGACCCACAAACUGGAAAUCCUGAAGGAAGCCAAGGAAGGCCUGCUUGCAGACAUUAAGAUGAAUAAUGCUCUUGGAGAGGAGGUGGAGCUGUUGAUCAGCAACCUAUGCAAACCUAACGAGUUUGACAAGUACAAGAUGUUCAUUGGCGAUUUGGAUAAGGUGGUGAACCUCCUGCUCUCCCUCUCGGGACGCCUGGCCCGCGUAGAGAACGUUCUGAGUAGCCUAGGGGAAAACGCCAACAGUGAAGAGCGGAGUUCGCUGAACGAGAAGAGGAAACUGCUGGCUGGCCAGCACGAAGAUGCCCGGGAACUGAAGGAAAACCUUGACCGUCGAGAACGGGUGGUCUUGGAGAUCCUGGGCAACUACCUCUCUGAGGAACAGCUCCAGGACUACCAGCACUUUGUAAAGAUGAAGUCCGCGCUCCUCAUAGAGCAGCGAGAGCUAGAUGAUAAAAUCAAACUGGGUCAGGAACAGCUCAAGUGCCUGAUGGAAAGCCUCCCCACAGACUUCACGCCCAGGGAUGCAACAGCAGCAGCUGCCCUAGCUGCAGCACUUGCUACCUCUGCCAGGGCCAGUGGUAAAACACCUCCAGCGGUCUCCUCCUCGCUCUAACCUUUCCCAGGUGCACCUGGGAUACAGUCCUCCUGCUUGAGUCUAAUCCAGCUACGUGGCAGAUGGUUCUCUACAAAGACAAUGAACAGAGACAGGUUUAAAACAAGAUUUUAAUGAAGGAAAAAAAAUAGCAAUAAUAAAGGUUUUAUUUUCCUUUCCUUCCACCUCUGCUUCCUGGAAACUUAAAUCAAUGUGGAGGGAAAUCUCCUCUUGCCAGAGAUGAGGAAGAAUCUAACGAGAAUCAAACACAUUACCUUUAAUAAAAAACAUGACCUCCUCUCUUCCUUCCCUUUCCUGCCUACCUGGCACCUCAUUAAAUAAUGAAGGAUCUAAAAGAAUGAAGCCUUAAAAAUAAAACCAACCCAUUCUACUGAACAUUAUUGAUAUUUAUAUUUUUUAAAGAACAAGACAGAAUGUGUAAGUUUUUGUACAUACUCUAAUCAGUCACUUGAUUCUACUUUGUUCUGUGUGUAGAAAAGACAUUUAAUUUUGUAUUUUGUGAAAACCUUAACAAAAAGAGGGAACCCCAAAGAUAGUCAUGCAUUAGCUUGGAACAUCUCCUCGUGGUUUUGUUGCUGUUGUUGUUGUUGUUUUUUAAUAUAAUAAAGGGCUACCA